CGGGCGCAUGCGCAGGCGCCGUGACUCGGUGCCGUUUGAAUCUCUGGGCCCGCGGCGCGCUCGCUGCCGGGAGCGCGGGAAGGCGGGAGCGCGCGCGCGCUGCGCGGCCUCGGAAUCCGGCGGUGGGAGGGGGAGCGCGCAGCUCCCCGGCAGGGCCCGUCGGGGCGGGUGCUGGAGGCCUCUUCCGCCGCGUGUGGAGCGGGUCCUGCCCGGGGAGGCCCCUCGUGGGGCACCCAGGUAGGAUGCUGGGGGCGUGCGGCAUGCAGCGCUGUCACCAGGAAGCGCUGAAGAAGAACCGGGUGAUGCUGGCGAAGCAGCUGGUCUUGAAGGAGUUGAUCGAGCACAUGAUAGAGAAGGACAUCAUCACCGCCGAGAUGAUGGAAAUGAUCCAGGCCAAGUCUGGGAGCUUCAGCCAAAACGUGGAAUUCCUCAAUUUGUUGCCCAAGAGAGGCCCUUAUGCAUUCUCAGCCUUCUGUGAAGCUCUACGAGAAACCAAACAGCAGCAUCUGGAGGAAAUAAUCUUGAAGACAGAAUCCAACCUAAGCAAUGGGAUUGCACAGGUUGAACACUUUCAUGGAUCAGAUCUACCACUCCCUUCAAGUGAAUCAUGUAAUUCAAAGAAGCCACGCUGGAUUGAACCAGUGGAGCAUUCUUUGGAUAAUGGAGAUGGUCCACCGAUUCCUCCUGUGAAGCACUGCACUCCAGAAUUCUAUCAUGAUCACCAGCACUUGGCAUAUAAACUGAUAUCGGAGCCCCGAGGCUUAGCACUUAUUCUCAGUAAUGUCAAUUUCAAUUGUGAGAAGGACUUGGAGUAUCGCUCAGGUGGAGAUGUGGACUGUACUUCCCUGGAGCUGCUUUUCAAGAAUCUUGGGUAUCAAGUGACUGUCUUUCAUGAUCAAAGUGCAGAGGAAAUGCAGAGUGCAUUGGAGAGAUUCUCUAAGCUGCCAGAUCAUCGACACGUGGAUUCCUGUGUAGUAGCUUUACUUUCCCACGGUGUAGAGGGUGGAGUUUAUGGAACUGAUGGCAAACUGCUACAGUUGCAGGAAGCUUUCCGGCUCUUCGAUAAUGCAAACUGCCCGUAUCUCCAGAAUAAGCCCAAAAUGUUCUUUAUUCAAGCCUGCCGGGGAGAUGAGACAGACCGGGGAGUGGAUCAAAGAGAUGGUAAAGAACGGUCAGAUUCCCCAGGCUGUGAGGAAAGUGAUGCAAACAAGGAAGAAAAUGUCAAGCUGCGUCUGCCUACAUGCUCAGAUAUGAUCUGUGGAUAUGCAUGUCUGAAAGGCACUGCAGCCAUGCGAAACACCAGACGUGGAUCCUGGUAUAUUGAGGCACUCACCUCGGUGUUUGCAGAGGACUCCUGCGACACUCACGUGGCUGACAUGUUGGUGAAGGUGAAUAGACAAAUCAAGCAACGAGAAGGUUAUGCCCCAGGCACAGAAUUCCACCGCUGCAAGGAAAUGUCAGAAUAUUGUAGUACACUCUGUCGGGACCUUUACCUAUUUCCUGGUUAUCUGCCAGGCAAAUAACCCUGCCAGCUCCACUGGAAGAGAGAUACUGCCAAAACUGAACUCUGAAUAUGGAUGUCUAUGUUUCUGUUCUUAUGGGCUGUGGCAUCAGAUGCCCAAGCAAGGAACGCAUCUUUAUGUUUGGCCAGACCAAUUAUUGAUGUCCUUUUCUAAGAUAAUUUAGCAACUCUUUGUAAUCUGAUUCAGUUCAGGUUUUAAAAUUCUAAUAUUCUGAUUUAUUCCAUAUGUAUGACAUUGAUGAAAACAGAUCAGCAUUGCAACUAGGAAAAUGUGGGAACAUCCUUUGGAAUGAGACAUAAGGACAUUUGUUAGAAAUGUGAAUGCAAAAAGGGAAACAGACUAUUCAUACCAAUUUUGGAAAAGGUAAGUAUUUUUAAAAAGAAAAAGUUUCAUGAAAUGCUACUUAUGCUUUUAUUUUUAUUUUUUAAGUACUUUCUGCCUGGUUCUUCAUGCAUGACAGUCAGGUUCUGUGUACAUUAGAGAAGAACUCUGUAGUGAAGGAGAGUCCUUCUCUCUAAAAUGGAGUUUUACUGUUUUCAGUACUUGACAUUUACCACUACUACCGUCUUGAUCACUGUAAGUCUAUUUUUGUGCAUUUUUUCUGUAGUCAGGUUAUCAAGAGAACUCUAGAAGAGUUAUGCAAGACAUCCUGGGUUAUUAGAAAAACGAAUGGAAAUCCAGUAUUUCUCAUACAGAUGAGUCUCAUUAAAAUGCUCCAGAAAUAAUUUUGAAUCCAGAAAUUCUAGAUUAGCUCACCAUAGUCCAAGUGGAAACAACUGUACAGAGCAUUACUUUUGAUGAUUUUGUUUGCUAUAGUACCUAUAUGCCACAACAGGCAUAGCAUUCAGACACUUCACCAACUUCUCAGGAGUCUAUAAAUUGCACUGUAUAACUGAAUCCCUGAAAUCCUACAGCCUUAUGGAAAGGGAUCUCUUUUAAUGAAAAUAUUCAAGGCAGCUCUUUACAGUCUAAGCAUGUUGCUUAUAUUAUUGGUCACUGCAGUCUGUUUCCCUUUCAUUUAAAAGGGUAGAGUUUCACAUUAAUAUCCUGAUAAAUGAGUUUUCAGCUAUGAUCAUUUUAAAGCUGUUUGUUUAGCUAAUAUUGUUUGGAAAGUGUCAUUUCAACUGGUCAAUCAGAAAUGUGCUAUAAUCCAAAACUUUGUCUGGAAGUUUCCUAUUCAUUCUCUUCAUGCUGUAAUUUGCCUCUUGCCUAUAUCCAGUUGCAGUUACUCCCAUGUGAUAUAAUGGUGGGAGGUGGGCAUUAACAUUUUCUGCAGUAGCUUAAAUUCUGAUAUACUGCGUUAUGUAUGGGCUACAAUCUGUACACUUGAGUCCCUGUCUUCUCCAUUCUGCAGCAGUAAGUUAGCAUAGUUCCUGGAGUAUUCUUUAUGUGUUGUGUUGGUUUUUUUGUUUGUUUGUUUUCUUUUUUUUUGUUUUGUUUUUGUUUGAUUUUUUUUUAUGUUUCUUUGAGGAUAGAAUUAUGAAUAGAAAGCACAAAGAGAUAUGAAGGGAGGCGGGAAAAUUAGGCAUGUGCUUUUUUAUUGUUCUGCACAGGAAAACAAAGGCUGUGUUUUCUCCAGCUGACAAAGGUGUAGCACUAAUAUGAAUCUUGCACUUGCCUUACAUACAACAUGUGAUAAACAGAAGAAGAAUCAUACCUGCCAAUUGUUGCCUUAGUCUAAAGAUACCGCUAUAGGGCCCUGCAGCUGUACCUCCGUGGAGUAGAAACACUUCCUUCCUCAGUGCUCCCUCUUUGAAAUGGUGCAAUAUUUUACAGAUACAUAAAUUGACAAAGCAGUCCACUCUGGAAGCUUAGAUUUUUGUAGGAUUGCAUCAAAAUGCAUUAUCACUGCCACUUUCUUAUAUACUUUUUGUAUACUUGUAUUUUACUGCCUUGAGGUGUCAAAAUAAAGAAUUCUUGUUUGAUUAAUUAAUCUGUGCAGUAUCUUCCAUUUGGAGAACUGUACCUCUAUGCAGAAAUGGAACUUCUGUAUAAGGAGAAUUUUGCAUAAUUUCUUAAGAUAAUACCUCCCAGAGGUACUUCUGAACUCUCAGGCAGAAUCCUGCUUCUUGCUAGCUGGAUCCAGUAUGGGCUACUUGUUAAGUCUGGCAACAGCUGAACAAAGAACUUAAUAAAUGGAUAAAGAUACAUGAAAUAGAACCAUCAACUGUGAGGCUGAUAUUGUCAUUCAGCGCGUAGAAUACUUAGACUGGGUAAGCCAGGGGCUUGGUGUUCCAGAAGGAAGAGUUGAUGCCAGAAGGUUUCCAGGAAAAAAAAAAGGGGGGGGGGGGGGGGGGAGGGGGAGAGAGGAGAGAGAGUUUUGGAAAGAGGAAGGACCCAAAAAGGAGGUGAACAUAUGAACUGGAGAAAAAAUCCUGAAAGUGUUGGGGAAGAUCCACGGGCUCGGAGCUACAUGGAAACUAGUGUGAAGGGAUGCCCAGAGAGCUUGACCCAUAGCGGCCAAGACUGGUAACUCCAAGUAGCUGUGCAGCACAGAGCUAACACAGCUUUCUGGCCCUCCUUUAGAAAUAAACAGUGAUCUCUUACUGCUGGGAGUUGAGACCUAGGUAAUGCACCUGGGGGAAGCUAGUGUGUGUGUAUGUGAAAUAAGAAGAUUAAAGUCCCAUUCUCGUUAGUUCAAAAAAAAACAAAAAAAAACUAUCCAUACCCACUAAAGUUUGUUGUUUCACUCUCUCAGCUGUGACAUCUAGAAGGCUAAGGUAUCUUUUUAUGAAAAGAGUGUACUGUUUUUUCAAUAGUACCUAAUUCUGAUACAGAAAAUCCAGUAGGAAUUCAGUGGAAUUAUUAACAUCUAUCUGCGCAGAAAAUGUUUCUAGUAAUACAAGAGAUGAAGUAAAUAUAAUAUUUGUAUUUUUAGAUAAAUAAAUAUAAGCUACUGGCAUAGUUUAAUGAAUGACUGUAAUAUUUGGGUUAGCAAGAAAGUGUUAACUGGUUCAUAUUUUGGCUUAAAACCAAAAAAAUAAGGUUAAAAGUUUUGUUCUGUUAUGUGGGAAGGGGAGUAAAAACAGUGAAUGAGAUGUAGGUAAGGUAUAUAUACAAAUCUAAGUUACAUGAAAAUUCUGAAGUUACAUUUUAAUUUGUGGAACAAUUCAUUAAAUUAUUACAGUUAUAAUAA